AAGCUCCUCGUCCUGCUUCGCGACGGAAGCAAGAUCUUGGGGACGCUGCGCUCGUUCGAUCAGUUCGCGAACAUCGUUCUCGAGGGCGCGGUCGAGCGGAUCAUCGUGAACAAGUCCUACAGCGACAUCCCGCUGGGUCUGUACAUCGUCCGCGGGGAGAACGUCGUGCUGAUGGGCGGAGUGGACGAGUCUAAGGAGACGGAGGGUUUGACGAUGGUGAGCAACGACGAGAUCAAGCACGCGCGGGACGCGGAGAAGGCGGCGGAAAAUCUCAAAGGAUCGAUGUUGCAGCGAAUGGACUUUUUGGAC